AUGGCCGAUCCAGCCCCGCAAUCCUCAACGUCAGAAUCAACAGCUCCUCCUUCAGGCGAAAGCGAUGCAACGCGAUCCCCGACCCCACCUGGUGGCUUCCACGCCUACAAGCCAGUCCUCUCCUCGGACGACUUCCUCUCGUCAACUGAGACGAAUCUUGCUCGCCCACUCACCGACGCAACGAUCACGAUUCGCGUCAUCAAAUCCUUCCCUUAUCGCAGCGUCAAAAACCUGGUGCUGAAUCACAUCGAUCUUACAAAGAUGACUGUCCUUGAGCUGGAGGAGAGAUGUAGGAAGGACGUCUCCACACUUCCAGCAUUCAAAGCUUUCCGUACUCACGCCCCCAAGCUUGACUGUCUCAAGAUCUACACAAGAGCGCACGGGGCCAAGACGACGAACUUGAUCAUCAACUUGGAUCACCCUGAGUGGCUGCUUGACGAUGCAGAGAACAGGUCAAAGACGUUGCAAGAGGUCGGUCUGGAGAAUGAGGCAGAGGUCAGCAUCUUCAACAGGGAAGACUACGAAGCUUUCCUCAAGGAUCCGACGACUACAUGGUAGGUGGAGCCAGAGGAGACAAUGCAUCAUCGGCCAGAGCGACAAGGCGGAAAGCUCUCUGGCUAGUCAUUCACUUGCGAUCGCAGGCCAGGUGGGAUCGGCGUGAAGACUGGGAAUGCAUUACGAGGGCAUAGCUAUGGUAAAUAGGAAAAAAUAGUCACCUUGAUAAUAAGAAAGGACGAGGAGGCGCAAAUGGUGCUAGGUAGGAAUCGAGACCGGGCAGCAACGUCGUUCGUAGCGCUCACAGCCCAGUCAUAGCAAGCGUACGCGGCCCUUUGACUCGAACCAGAUCAGGAAGAGUAGAGAGUCGGAGGUAACCAGUGGGAUAGCAAUAGCUAGCUGCUUUCGAGGUAUACGAGGACUUCGGGCCUUCGCCGUGCCCUGUCGAGGUGCGGAAUAUCAAAUCGCGGUCUGUUUCGUCAUCACCCUGU